AUGGCCCCUAUGAGCCUCCGCGUGCUAGCGGCCCCCUCCUCCGACACGAGCCAUGUGCCUACGCUCAUACUCCAAUCUGAUUCGAAGAAAUACAUGUUCAACGCAGGAGAGGGUACUACGCGUGUGUCCGCGCAGCACCGAGCCUCCAACACACGGGUAGAGCACAUCUUCCUCACACGCGUUGCCACUGAGACGUUGGGUGGCAUCCCUGGUCUUCUUAUGACCUUGGCCGAUGGUGGACGCACAUCGAUCAAUAUUCAUGCGCCCACCAACUUGAAGUACGCACUGGCCACGACGCGUUUCUAUGCACGCCGCGACUCAAUGUGCGUGCACGCCCAUGAGAUUGGCUGGCAGUCACCUCAGGCGUGUUUCCAAGACGACCACAUACGCGUGCAAUCUGUGCCUUUGGUGCCUUUUUCUUACAAUGACUCGGCUAUGGAAGUCGACGAUCAGAGUGACUCUGAUUCUCAGGAUCCUCCGUCGAGCGGUGCCGAGGCAGAGCAGUGGUUCGACGCUGUCAUCCGUGAUGCUUGGAAGACCCAGGCAAGCGCUGUGUCGGGACAGAGUCCCUCGCGAAAUCCCCGGCCCCUUCCUAAGCCCCUCGCACAUGCGGCUCGAGUGGGCGAGAGCGCAGGUCGGCAGGCAGCUGUUUUGUGCUACGUGGUCGCAGGGCACGCAAGACGCGGCAAGUUUGAUGCAGCGCAGGCAGCCGCUUUGGGUAUUCCUCCAGGGCCGGCCUUUGCGCGACUUUCAAAAGGGGAAGACGUGGACAUCCAGCGCCCCAUACAAUGGGCGGAGAUGGACCAAACUGCUCGAGCACAAUGGCUCCGCGCUCAAAAGAGUGGGAAGAACAAGCGACCUGCGGCGGACUCCGUACUAGAGCGCGAACUAGAGACGGUGCACAUUCGCAGCGAAAGAGUCGUGGGGGCAUCGCGCGCAGGUCCCGUUUUUUUCUACAUGCACGUCCCCACGAUGGAGCACUUAGAAGCGCUGCUCCAGGAGUCGGCACAGAAUGCCUUCCGACCAUACACCCAGACAGCGAAUACCCACCUGGAUGAGACACAGCAGCAAAUGCCGCAUGUGAUUUUCCACGCUGUGCCGCUCCGUGUGUGGCAAGACCCCAGGUACGAAGCUUGGCGCGGCACCUUUGGUCCACAGUGCCAUCAUAUCGUGGCGACCCCGGAACUAUGCGCCGAUGCGCUUACCUACACGUCAAGUGCCCUGUCGCUGCUUCGCCUCUCCAAAAUGGAUACCCAUGCUUUUGCUGUCCCCGGCUACAGACUUGAACCUGCAGUACACGAUCCUGCCGCAGUGCCCGCUCGUGCCAAUUUGUUUGUCAACCUACAGCCACGAGGAGCUCCCACGAUGCUAGAGCCGGUGGCGCCCAUAUUCGAUGAGCCCCUCGAGGGAAUGGAACGCAAGUCAGGUCUCCCAGAAGCUCCCGAAACGUGGAAUAGGUAUUGCUGCAUGGCGGACGAAGCGCGCCGAGCCCCAGGUGUGCCGCCGGCCUCGGCAGCAGCGGGAUUGGCUGAUCGAGUGGAAUUUGUCACUCUGGGUACAGGCAGUUCCGCGCCAUCCAAGUACAGAAACGUGCUAAGUACGCUGGUCCAUGUGCCGGGUGACGGGUAUAUGGUGCUGGACGCGGGUGAAAGCACCUACUACCAAAUGGCGCGGCGUUUUGGCCCUGGACGUGAUGGCUGGGCAGGACCUGGAUCUGGACAGGGUAUCGAGUCUGUGUUGAGGCAGCUCAAGAUGCUCUUUGUGAGCCACAUUCAUGGCGACCAUCAUAUGGGCGUGACACGUCUUCUGCUGGAGCGCCGAAAGCUCGCACCCUCCUCGCCUCUGUUCCUGGUGACCAACAACUAUACCCGCUUUUAUUUGCGUGAGUACGACCGAAUUGAAGCGCUAGGUCUGCGGGAUGGAAGUGUCAUUGCUUUGGAUAACGAACUCUUCAACUGGCAAACUGGCAUCGACCCUGACCCCCAGAGCACGUCCGCCCCGGUUCAGGUAUCUCAACGCAUGCGCCAGCACUGGAAGGCACUGUUGAAGCUGGCGAACUUGAAGAGCAUUCGGACGGUCAGUGUACAGCACCGUACAAGUCACUGCUAUGGUCUUGUCCUCACGCACCAAAGCGGCUGGAAACUAGUCUUCAGCGGUGACACAAUGCCCUGCCAGGCCCUCGUUCAUGCCGGACGGGGUGCCACGGUCCUGAUUCAUGAGGCAACAAUGCAAGACGACGAGGCAGAGUUGGCCGCGGCCAAAGGCCACAGCACUAUUGGGCAGGCACUUCAGAUCGCUUGCGACAUGCAGGCCUCCCACGUGCUGCUCACGCACUUUUCGCAGCGAUAUCCGAAGCUAGCGCGUCUUGGCACGACGAAAGUGGACGUGCCACCCAUUGGAAUCGCGUUUGAUAUGGCGCGGAUGACGCCUGCUACCAUGCGCCGUCUCAUGGCUGGUCAUGACGCCAUGGCGCUCCUGCUCGAGUCGGAGCCGGAGGGCGAUGGUGGUGAGGAGAGCGAGCCGCCCAGCGAUAAGGCCCCCGGGGCAACAUGCAUAAUGGACGAGCCUGAGGUGCCGCGCAAACGCUCCUGCACGAGUCGCCACGUCCAGACAGUGUUUGAGCACCGCUACGUCGUGCUUGCCUUUGCAUCUUCGCACAAAGAGGCGCAUGCACCAUCGGCAUUGUCUGUGCGCGUUGGUAUUGAGCAUGCCCUGCAGGAUAUGCAUGGGACGAUUGGUGCGGGUGUGGUUGUGGACGUCCUUUACGCUGGUCAGCCCACAGGCACGCCGGCGCCGCGAGUGGUAGGCGAGGCCGUGGUGCGCGUGGCCUCCGAGUAUGUGGACAAUGUCGUGAGCGCUGUGUCGAGUGCCUAUGGUGCCGCCUUAGAAGCACUGACGGGUCAACAGCCGAACAUGCGUGUGUCGGUGCAACAAGUGACUCACAAUCCUGCAAUGCUGGGCAGUAACAGCCGGUCCUGGAUGACGGAACUGAUGAAAUGA